AUGAGUCAAUUUCAUAAAGAUGAUAGAGAUUUAGUGAGAAGAAUUUACAUUCAAAGAAAGCCUUGUCAGCCCAAAGACUUUACAUUUCCUCAAACUUCUAUUUUUGGCAAAAAUCGUCGCUUUUGUGCUAAGUGGUUUGAUACUUGGACUUGGCUUGAGUAUAGUGUGGAAAAGGAUGCUGCCUAUUGUUUCCCUUGUUAUCUAUUCAAGGAUGAAAAUGCCUUUGGAGGUGAUGCUUUUGUUAGUGAUGGUUUCAAAUCAUGGAAUCGAUCGGAUUUAAUAAGAAAACAUGUCGGUAAACACUUGAGUGCACAUAAUAAUGCUGUUUUAGCUAUGGAUUUGUUCAAGAAACAAAAUUCAAGCAUCACACAAGCCUUAAAAAAACAAACCGCUGAGAGUACAAAUGCAUAUAGGACGCGACUUGAAGCUUCAAUUGAAUCUAUCCAAUGGCUUUUACUCCAAGGGUUGCCUUUCCGUGGUCAUGAUGAAAAAGAAAGUUCCUUAAGAAGAGGUAACUUUCUUUCACUUUUAUCCCUUAUUUCCAAAGGUAAUCCUGAAUAUUCUAAAGUUGUUUUCAAAAAUGCUCCUAGUAAUUGUCAACUUACUUCUCCUAAAGUCCAAAAAGAUAUCAUAAAUGCAUGUGCAAAAGAGACCACUAAAGCAAUGCUUGAAGAUAUUGAUGGUGGUUUAUUUUCUAUCCUUGCUGAUGAGUCCGCUGAUGUUUCUGACAAGGAACAAUUGGCUCUUUGUUUGAGAUAUGUUAAUAGAAAGGGAGAAGUGUGUGAGCGUUUACUUGGUAUUGUGCAUGUUGUAAACACUGCUUCUUUGACUCUCAAAACUGCUAUUGAAUCCUUAUUAAUGGAGCAUUCUUUGUCUUUCUCUCAAGUACGGGGUCAGGGUUAUGAUGGGGCAAGUAAUAUGCAAGGUUCUAUUAAUGGCCUUAGGACUCUUAUAGAGAAUGAGUGUAAAGAAGCUUAUUUUGUCCACUGCUUUGCUCACCAACUUCAAUUAACUCAAGUUGCACUUGCUAAAAAGAAUUCAGAUUGUGCUUGGUUAUUUGUUGAUGUACUUGCACCUCUCUUGAAUUUUGUGGGGGGUUUAUCAAAAAGGAAAGAGUUUCUUCGUGAAAAUCAAGCUCAAAGAGUGGUGGAUGCAUUGUCUCUAGGUGAACUUGAAACGGGUUCAUGUUUAAAUCAAGAACGUGGAUUAGGUAGACCUUGUGAUACUCGUUGGGGAUCUCACUUCAAGACAAUCUUGAAUGUACUUGAUUUAUUCCCUGUAAUCCUUGGUUCUCUUGAGGAUAUUGCAAAAGUAUCUGAUACAAUAGAUUCUAAUAGAGCUCAAACACUUACAAAUCUUCUGAUGUCCUUUGAUUUUGUGUUCGUGGCACACUUGAUGGUUAGUAUAUUUGCGAUAACAAAUGCUUUGAAUGUGGCCUUACAAAAGCACGAUCAAGACAUUGUGAAUGCAAUGGCCAUGGUUAAUGUAACCAAGACUAAUUUGCAAAAAAUGAGAGAUGAAGGAUGGGAUUCUCAUAUGGAAAAGGUAAUUUCUUUUAUUGGUGACUAUGACAUUGCAGUUCCAGAUAUGGAGGCUAAAUAUGUUGUUCCCGGGAGGAGGUUGUUUAGAGGUAAAUGCCCACAAGUGUCCAAUCUACAUCAUUUUCGAGUUGAAGUUUUUUUUGGUGUCAUUGAUCUUCAAUUGCAAGAACUUGAAAAUCGAUUUCCCGAAAUAACUAAAGAACUACUUGUGUGUAUGUCUUGUUUGAGUCCUGUGGAUCGUUUUUCUAAGUUUGAUAAGGAAAAAUUGAUUAAGCUUGCAAAAUUCUAUCCUAAUGAAUUUCCAAGUUCAGAAUUGAUAGUCUUUGGUCAUACACUUGAUAGUUACAUUUGUUCUGUUAGAGGAGAUGAAAGGUUUUGGAAUUUGAAGGGUCUUAGUGAUCUUUCAAUCAAAUUGGUUGAAACGGGAUUGUCUGAAACUCAUGAUAGGGUCUAUUUACUUUUGAAAUUGGUGUUGCUUCUUCCUGUCGCAACGUCGGAAAAUCCUGGGUCUGUAACAGCAGAUUUAAGCAAGAUUUUGUUUCUUCAACCAGGGAAUGGGGGUUUAAAUUCAGACCGUAGCUGA